ACACUGCCAUCUCCCAUUCAAAGCCGGCCCCCAUUGCUGUUGGACCCCAAAACAAAGCUUCUGAGCUCUUCUUCUCAUCCUUUAGCCAAUCAUCUCCUCCAAACACCAGGGAUUCCAAAAGGGAAGUCGAUUCCCCUGGCAAAACGACUUUUUGGUUAUCGCCGCCAUGGGACGAGCACCUUGCUGCGAUCAGAAUGGACUGAAAAGGGGGCCGUGGACGCCGGAAGAGGAUCAAAAGCUUAUCGACUACAUCCAAAAGCACGGGCAAGGUAGCUGGAGAACCCUCCCAAAGAAUGCUGGGCUCGCGAGGUGUGGGAAGAGUUGCCGGCUCCGGUGGACGAACUACUUAAGGCCUGAUAUCAAAAGAGGAAGGUUCUCAUUUGAAGAGGAAGAGACAAUUAUUCAAUUACAUAGUAUACUGGGGAACAAGUGGUCGGCGAUUGCUGCUCGCUUGCCAGGAAGAACGGACAACGAGAUCAAGAACUACUGGAACACCCACAUCAGAAAAAGGCUUCUUAGAAUGGGAAUUGAUCCCGUAACUCACAGCCCCCGCCUCGAUAUCCUCGACCUCUCUUCGCUUCUCAACCCAUCCUUGUACGACCCAAACCAACUCGAUUUAUCCAGAUUGCUCGGGCUCGAACCCCUCGUCAACUCAGAGCUCAUAAGACUGGCUACCAAUCUCCUAUCAUCUCAAUGCCAAAACUCCAACCUUCUUGCCCAAAACUUCCAAGGGCCACAGCUCCCCAAUCCCCAAGUCCAAGACCCAUACCCAUCCUUCCCAGCCCACCAGCUCCAAACCCCAAUUCAACAAGAGUUCCCUCCUUGCACCACUUCUGCUGCUCAAUUCCUUGAUGAAACCCAGCUUAUGCAAGCCAAUGAGGAGCAUUUCCAACCAGAGGCUCAAAGAAAUCUGUGGCAAGAAAUUGUCACUCAGGCUAACUUUUCUGAGAAUUGUGUGCCUACUACAAGUGUUAUGUAUGACGAUCCGGAUCCAUCCAUUCCCCAACUGAUCUCCGAAAACUCCAACUUUCCGGCGAUGAUCAGCAACCCGAAUUGUAACCUAACUUCUGUUCUAUCGACACCAGCAUCAAGCCCGACCCAAUUGAACUCUUCAACAACGUAUGUGAAUAGCAGCGCCGAGGAUGAGAAGGAUAGCUAUUGCAGCAACAUGUUUGAAUUUCCUAUUCCCGAACUAUUGGAUGUGAGUGAGUACAUGUAUAGAAAAUAGAGAGACAGAGAGAGAGAGAGAGAGAGAGAGAGAGAGAGAGAGAGAGACGGGAGCUGAAGGAGAAAAUAUGAAGAGAGAGAAAGAAUAAAAGAGAAACAUUAGUUGUGUAUCCUUUUGUGAAUGCAUGAAACGCAGAUCUUUUCACGUUUUUUUCUUUGUGUUCA